AUGGAAGAGUCGUUUGCACUAAAUGAAUUCGAAAGUGUAGUAAAGCGUCUACCUGAGCCGCACUAUAGCAGUAGCUUUUCGAAAUACUUACCAUCACUACCCCUCCCCGCAAAACCUGAGGUUCCAUCUUCCUUAUUUGCGAUUGUCAAUAAGAAUGCUGAGCAUCCUCCACUGAUUUCUCAAUUCACACUGACUCAAUUGGCACCAUUCAAAAAUCAAAAGUUUCACCGACCACCAAGUCAAAACAUUGGUAGCAAUUUCUCACCGGCUGCUGCUACACUUCGGUUAAAUUGCUUGUCGUCACAAAGCAUUCGCCUAAAAGAUGUUGGGGCUCCCAAAAGCAAACGACUUAAAAAUGGUGAUAAUUCCUACAUUGAACUUGAACAAAAGCCUGAUCGACCACGAUCUCCAGACUCCCAAAUGAAGGAAAUGAAAAAGAAUGAGCGCAUGUUUCGUUGGUUGAACGGCGAACCAUCAGAACGUGACAUGGAGCGAUACGCAUACUAUGUCGAAAACGGCGUACCUGAUCAAAUGGUUGCCGAUCCACCAAGAAAUCUUUGGCUUGCGCUAAGAGAUUGCGCUCCCAGAAAUCUCAUGGAUAACUGGAGUAAGAUUACACAAGAUCUACUUAAAGAAAUUCAUAAGGAUUACCGAGUUGCGGUAAAGAAGUCAAUCGGUUGGUUUAUCUCUUCCAUUUUUUUCAUUAUCAUACGAAUUUGUAUAAGGAGGGAAAUACUCUUAUAA